GGAGUUAUUUACAACGAGAUAAGCAUGGCGGAGAGCACGAGACACAUAACCAUCCAGAGUGGCAACACAUUACCUGAGCUGCAGCAGUGCAACAAGUGUUGCAGUAAUUAUCACUGCCCUUUUUGCUCAAACAGGGUGUUUAAGCCAGCCAAGUUGGUUAAAGUAAAAACUCAUCUUCAAAGCCACUUCAGCAAGGCAGUUGUCUGUGGAGGCUUUACUAUACACAGAUGUGGACUAGGAUGUCGACCAGCACUGCAUCACCACUGUCCAUACUGUCAAACUACAAUUUUAAGGAGAAGUGAUUUUGAGACACAUGUACAGGUUUGCAAACAAAAACCACUUCCAACUUCAGCCACUGCAGCUCUGCCCACACCAGCAGUGAGAGACACACCAUCUCCAACUUCUCCAGUGCUGACCACACCAUCUCCAGCCACCGCAGCUCUGCCCACACCAGCAGUGAGAGACACACCAUCUCCAACUUCUCCAGUGCUGACCACACCAUCUCCAGCCACCGCAGCUCUGCCCACACCAGCAGUGAGAGACACACCAUCUCCAACUUCUCCAGUGCUGACCACACCAUCUCCAGCCACUGCCCACACCAGCAGUGAGAGAGACACCAUCUCCAACUUCUCCAGUGCUGACCACACCAUCUCCAGCCACCGCAGCUCUGCCCACACCAGCAGUGAGAGACACACCAUCUCCAACCUCUCCAGUGCUGACCACACCAUCUCCAGCUACUGCAGCGUUGACCACACCAGCAGUCUCCUCAAGAAGGGUUUGUGUGUGGCCUGUGAUCCAAAAAAGAUGCCCCGUUUGCAAUAUCCUCAUUAAUAAAAAAAACUUAAAAAAGCACAUUGACCGCAAACACACAGAAGAGCCAAUACAGGACAUUAAUGCCACAUUCCAUCUUGAGAGCCAGCGCAUCGACAGGACAAAUGGCAUAUAUGCAGUCCUUAAAGUUACCAAGGGUCACAGUGUUCCUCUUCAUAUUCAGCUCAAGACAUGGGGAGAACACCAUAAGGUCAUCUGUGAAUCACAUGAAUGUCAGGUCAACAUGGAAGUUGCACAGAGGAGUGGCCUGUCAUCAUACCAGUGCAAACACAUCCGCUCAGUAAAUUACUGCACAUCCUCUGCAGAACCAGUCUCCCUGAAAGAGGAGAUUUUAUCCGAGAUGGUGAAAGCAAAGUGGUUUAGUAAUGAAAAGAAGAAGAUAUGCCUUACUCGGCAGCAGCUUGCCAACAGCAGUUGCAUACCACUCUCUGUUCAAACUUCGAUCGGCACCCCUGAAACAAAGAAGUUAAUUUCAGUAUUUGAACCCAGUGUUUCCUAUUACAGUCGGUUGGGGCGUGUAAUGGUUGUGUAUGACUCAAAAUUAAACACAUGGCAUUGUCCCUGUGCCAAAUUGCGGCGUUC